GAAACGUGCGAGUGUCGCGUCUGCAGGUUGCGGGGUUCGCGGGGCGGCGGGCAGAGUUGAGCAUGUUUGUCAUCUGCUAAUAAUUUUAGCCAGGUGGCAAGUGGAUGGACUGUGGAGUAAGAAGUACCUGCCUCUGCCUCUGACUUGGGUUCUAGCCUAUAGGAACAAGACAUUUUCAGUAAUGGAAGAAAGAGCUUCCAGGCUGGGGACGAUCAUCGUUUCCAGUGGUAGCUUGACCUGAGAUGAUACCACAACUUCUGGGAAGCCCCAGAAUAGACAGAAGAGAGAGAACACCCUAGGGUUGCUAGCCCCUAAGAGUUGAAGAAAAUGGCCAAGGCCCAGCUGAAAUAACAGGAAACACAUGAAAAAUGCCACGAUUGUAAUGUCUCUGAGGAGAGAGCAAGGCAGUUCUUCAGGGGAGGGAUCACUGUCAUUCGAAGACGUGGCUGUGGACUUCACCAGGGAAGAGUGGCAGUCUUUGGACUGGUCUCAGAAGGUCUUGUACAAGGAAGUAAUGUUGGAAAACUACAGCAACCUAGUAUCAGUAGGGUAUCAAGGCACCAAGCCAGAUUCACUCUUCAAGUUGGAGCAAGGAGAACCCCCAUGGAUAGUAGAAGGAGCAGCCCACAGUCAAACCUGUCCAGAUCUGCAUUACCUUGGGAAAACAGCAGCCUCAGAACCACAGUAGCCGUGAAAACCAUCAGCCUUGCAACCAGCACCCUUACAUCAGAGGAGACAAAUAAGCUUGGAAAUCCUCAAAAAGCCUCAUACUCAGAGCAAUGUCAUUAUGUAUCUUAUCUUACAGCUCCGUGAUGCAGUUCCAUUCUUUGUCCUAAGUCAUUCUUUCACCUGACUCAAAGCUGACUCGAAAGGAAAAGUACGAUACUAGGGCACUGGUAAAAAAAAAUAUCAGCUUCAAUUGUUUAACAUGGUAGUAGCCUAAGCCUGCAGUACCGUUAGGGAGCAAACAAGAGGUCUGAAAAAUUGUUAAAGGGACAUCUGAAGAACAAGUUGUUAAUAGGGAGGUCUUGAAUACUCUGACAUAUUCCUGAGGAUCUAGAAGGCCCAACACAUACACAGGGAUGUGUGCAUGCCCUUGAGAUACCUGAGGGUACCAGUAGUUCACCUCUGGCUGAUCUUGAAGCCCUUGAGAAAAAGGAAGAGAAGGCUAAAGUAGACUUAUAAACUGCUUGAGCAUUGAAGUAGACACACACAUACACACACACACACACACACACACACACACACACACAGCGCCCUCAGCAAAGAGUGGAAAACUUACCGGCUCAAAGAAAUGAAGGAAAUCUUGAUUCAUCAUUAGCUAACCAAGAAGAGACUUCAAGUGACUGCACACUGCAGGGAAUACAUGAAUUACUCCAGGAAUGCCACUAAACAAACUGCAGCAACAACAGCAACAAUAAACCCUGGGCAGAGAGGGAGUCUGAUUUCCAAAGUAACAACUUUAUAUGAUCUAAAAUUUCUACAUUCAACAAAAAUUUGUGACACACAAAAAAUCAGAAAAGUAUAGUCCAUACUCAGGGAAUGAGGUUGUCAACUGAAACUACCCCUGAAGAGGCUCAUGCGCCAGACUUAAUAUGCGAAGAUUAAAAGUCAGCUAUGUUAAAUAUGUUCAAGGAGCUGAAGCAAACCAUGUAUAAAGACCUACGAAGUAGCAGCAAAGAUAACAGGUCUCAACAACAGAUCUGAGCUGGCAGAAGGGAGAAUAAGCAAACACGGAGCUGGGUCAAUGGAAAUCACCAGUCUGUGGAACAGGAAGAAGUGAAACAGAAAAAAAGUGAAAAACAUAAAGUGAAUGGACCCUCAGAAACAUAUGGCAUACCUUCCAGCAUACCAACAUAUAUGUAAUGUAAGUCUCAGAGCAUGAAUAAAGGGAAUAAGAAACAGAAUAUUUGAAGAAAUAAUGGCCAAACCUUCCCAAAUUUGAUGAAAAUUAUUCUGUUCAUCUAAGAAGGUCAAUACAUUUCAAAUAGGCUGGCACUAUGGCUCUCACCUGUGAACCCAGUACUUUGGGAAGCCGAGAUUGGAGGAUUGCUUGAGUCCAGGAGUUCAAGAGAAGCAUGGGCAACAUAGCGAGACCUCAUCUUUUAAAAAAAAAAAAAAAAUGGCUGGGCAUGGUGGCGCAUGCCUGUAGUCCCAGCUACUCAGGAGACUGAGGCAGGAGGAUUGCCUGAGCUCAGGAGGUCAAGACUACAGUGAGCCAUGAUCGUGCCACUGCACCCCAUCUGGAGUGACAGAGUGAGAUCCUGUCUCAAAAAAAAAAAAAAAAAAAAAAUCUAAAUAGCAUAAAUUCAUUACCUUCUCCACAGGCUUCCAUCCUGGUAAACUAAACAGAAACCUGGUCUUUCCCAGAUGGGUGCAGAAUGGAUUAUUAUCAGAUGAGCACUGAGAAUAUUUAUGCCAAUGAUAUAUGAUAGACAGAACCUCCACUUUAUUCUUGGAUUUCCUGCUACACAGAAAACAAGCAACCCAAGAAUCAAUUAUGUACAAUCUAGUAUCAGUCACUGGUAGAUUUCUCAAGGUUUUUAUUAUAAAAAUUUUCAGACAUAUAGAAAAACUUAAAAGAAUAGUAUAGCAGAGACCCUUACAUCACAUAGAUUCAACAAAUGUUAAUUUUUGCCAUA